CAGAACCUUCGGGUACAAUCCUCUCACCACCACCUGGAUAUCACACUAUUGGCCUCUCCAUCUUCGAUGCUGCUCCUGUCACCAUGUCCGACGAAUAUGAUGACCAUCAGGACGGCAACGAGAAAGGGACGGAGGAUGUGAGGUCGGGAUCUACGACCGCGGGCAGCCACAAAUCACUCUCCAUCCGAGAUGAUCAAGCCGAACUCGAGGAAGUCUCCCUCCACGAUGAACAGGAUGCGGACGAGAUCCGCUCCAAGCACGAAUCCGUGCCCCGCCAGUCGUCUCAGGAUCUCAAGAGAGUGGCGAGCAACGUUCUGACCAAGGUUGCCUCCCGCUUCACCACCCGCUCCAUUGUGAACCCGCCACCUGCACCCGAUGGAGGUGUGUCCGCCUGGACCCAGGUCGCCAUGGGAUGGAUUGUGGUGUUCACGUCCUGGGGCUGGGUGAACUCAUACGGUGCCUUUCAAUCCUACUACACUCUCACUCUUGAGCGCCCCGGCUCUACCAUCUCGUGGAUUGGUUCCCUCCAAAACUUCUUUACCUUCUUCAUUGGCGUAUUCUCCGGCCGCGCCUCCGAUGCUGGCUACUUCAUGCCCGUCGUCAUCCUGGGAAUCCUGGUUCAGCUGGUGGGCAUAUUCUUGAUGAGUCUGUCGACCCGGUACUACCAAUUCCUGCUCACGCAAGGAGUCAUGACUGGCAUUGGCGGAGGUCUCUUCUUCACGCCGGCAAUGGGAGUCGUGGGCACCUACUUCUCGACCAAGCGAGCGCUGGCCAUUGGCAUUGUCACGACGGGCAACAGCGUGGGUGGCAUGAUCUACCCCGUCCUGGUGCAACAGCUUUUGCCCAAAUUGGGUUUUGCGUGGACCACCCGCGUUCUGGGCUUCCUGAACCUAGGCAUGCUCAGCAUUGUCCUGGUGUUCAUGCGGCCCCGGAUGCCUCCUCGAAAGUCCGGGCCCAUGGUGGAUUUCUCCGCAUUCAAGGAGCCCACAUAUGCUUUCCUCGUCGCUGGUCUGUGCCUCGUCAUGUGGGCCGUCUACUUCACCUUCUACUAUCUAUCCUCCUAUGGCAUCGAAGUGGUCGGUAUGCCUUUCAAUGCGGCAAUCACCAUCACCAUCCUCGUCAAUGGUGUCGGCGUACCCGCCCGAUUAAUCCCGCCCCUCUUCGCCAGUCGAUUUGGACAGUUGAAUACCAUGAUCCCCAUCUUCGUCUACCUGACCAUCGUCUCCUUCAGUUGGAUCGCGGUGCGUACAUCCGCGGGCACAUAUACCUUUGCGGUCUUUUAUGGGAUCGGCAGCUCCGCCUUUCAGUGUCUCCUGCCCUCGACCGUGGCAUCCAUCACUCCGAAUAUGAAUGCGUUUGGCACCCGGCUGGGAAUGGCCUUUGGCGCCAUCUCCUUUGCGACCCUCACGGGACCGAGCAUCGGCGGAGCUAUUCAGAAUGCCAUGGGUGGUAAAUAUUUGGGCGCUCAGCUGUGGAGUGCAGUUGCUACUUUGACUGGUGUGGCAUUCGUGGUGACUUCACGCAUGGUGAAAGCUCGAGGGAAGAUACAUUCUAAAUGCUAGUAGGAGACAUUAUUGAUCACGCC